AUGCUUUCUUUUCUCUUGGUUUUCUGUGAGGACCGCACGAAUGGCGUGUCGUCGAUAAAGGAAAAGCUGAAAUGGGGUCCGAAGACGCCGGAUAAGGUCAAACAGGACAAGGCAAUGAUACUGGUGACCCGAAUUCGCGACGGUUUCGCCGCUUUCCUCUACAUAAACAGUUCUCGGGUGCAGUUGAGGAAGAUCGUCAGGGAUAUUUAUCUCAACUUCCAAGUCGCCGAGAAUGUCUACAACAAAAAGUACAAGAACGAAGCGGAUUUCAAGAGGGUGCAGCUUGCCGACUACUGGGUGGAAUGGAUCGUGGACUACUUCGAUUUCAUAUCCAACAAGUUCAAGAGGGAUGUGAGACAGCAGAUCAGUGAGAUUCGGGCAAUAUUGAAUGGUGUGAACGAGCCUAUUGUCACAGAGGUACUGGCACAUUUGGCUUCAUUUGCGGAUAUGAUGGACAAGAAUCCUGCCCAAGGCAGGGUCAACCCCAAGAUUCUUGAUGGUAUCAAAGAUGACGAUACAGAGAUGGGAGGCACCUAG